CCCUAAGUAUUGUCAAGCGCAAGUUUAUACUUCGCCCAACAAUUUAAACUUUUGAAUUGGUUUUUCUAUCAUGGAACCGGAGUGAAGUUUCAAUCUCAAUACGGCAUUUUGAGCUUCAUCUCGCUUGUGGAUAUAUUCUUACACAUAUAUUUCCUAUUCCUCAACUCCUCAUGGUUUUUCUUUCGUGUGAUUAGAUAUCAUUCCAAGUUACAAGUGAAGAUGAAGUUAUUAAUUUCCACUUUGAAAUUUUGUGUGUAUAUGCAAAGACGUAUAGCAGUUUUAUUUACAUGUGGUCUCUCUCCAUGUAUCAACUUUGUUUGCACUUCUCAGCACAUUCUUGUUUUUUUUUUUUUGUUACAAAGAGAGCAGGAUAUAAAUUUCCAGACUUCUCCAAUGGAGGCACCCGCAAAGAACAUCCUAAACGUAGAAAGAUCUAGCCCCAUCGCGGUCCUACCAGAAUACGAAACGCCCAAGGGAUCCAUGUUCUUAAGUAGCCUCGAUCAAAUGGCUCCCGCAAUUGUGCCAACCGUUUAUUGUUUCGACAGGAGCGAUGCAAAUGUUGUAGACGUGAUUAAGCAAGCUCUGGCCAGAGUUCUGGUUCAUUACUAUCCAGUUGCAGGGAGGUUAGCUAAAAACUCUCGAGGGAAGUUGGUUGUCGAUUGCCAAAAGAAGUUAGGGGUCCCAUUUGUGGAGGCAAUGGCUGAUUGUGACAUCGAAAGUCUGGGUGAUACGAGAAUUUUCGAUUCUGAUGUUUUAGGUAAGCUUGUUUACAGAGAUCCUACGGAACAUAUACUUGAAGUUGCCCCCCUUCUAACUGCACAGGUGACGAAAUUUAGAUGUGGAGGUUUCACUUUGGGGAUCGCACUUAGCCAUUGCAUGGCAGAUGGUUUGUCGGCAAUGAAUUUUAUGAACGCAUGGGCUGAAAUAGCAAGAGGCGAGCCUUUAUCCCUCAUUCCUUGUCAUGAUAGAACCAUCCUAAAAUCAAGGUUGCCUCCUCAAAUCACCGGUCCUUACAACGAGUUUGUUCACAUAAGUGAUGUGUCAAACAUGACGGCAUUAUAUGAGGAAGAACAAUUCGUACAAAAGUCUUUCCACUUUGAUGCUGAGAAGCUGGCCAUCAUAAAAAUAAUGGCAACAGAAGACGGACAGGUAGCGAGCAGUUACACCAGCUUCAUAGCACUUGCAGCCUUCGUGUGGCGGGCUCGAAGUGUGGCCCUCAAAAUGAAACUUCACCAACAAUCAAAGCUUCUUUUAGCAGUCAAUUUCAGGUCUAGGCUAACAACACCAUUGCCCGAUGGAUACUUUGGUAAUGCCGUGGCCUUGCCCUGCUGUCUCUGCACCAUCGGAGAGUUGAUUCAGGAGCCGAUCUCUGCUUCCGCAGGGAGAAUAAAGAAGGCGAUCGAGUGCGUGACCGACGACUACAUCUGGUCGAGGAUUGACUAUUUGGACAUGUAUCGAUAUGAGGGAUUCGCUCUGGGCACGCUAGUAAUAAGUUCAUGGACGAGGCUCGAGUAUUGCUACACGGACUUUGGAUGGGGAGAGCCAAGGUUCGGGAUGGGUGACCUACUAAGGGAAACCUGCUUGUUUAUGACGGAAGGGAAAGAGAAAGGCAUUACGGUGGUGUUGGGUUUGCCCUUUUCAGCCAUGAAUACCUUCGAGAAGCUUGUUUGUGGUCCUAACGACACUUAACGCUAAUAUUGGUAUUUAAAAUUAGGUUACAAAAUGUGACCAACUACAAGUGGACCAUCAUAUUCAACACCUGAAUGGAAUCCGCCAUGUGACUUAAUAAUUCAAUUUUAGGAGUUUAGUCUUGAAUAUCCAUGAUAAUCAGUUGCCAUUCCGUGUAUAUCUCAUGACUUCUCAUGUUUUUUUCGUUACCAUUGUCCAAGACGAAUUUAAUAAAACAUGAUCUUUUC